CAAAUAAUGAAAGUUGUAUAUUUAUGCUGAUGGAAGGAUCAUGGGUUGGAUGUGAACGCUAGGAACGUGCAAGGAGAUACAGCACUACACCUGGCCGCACAUAAAGGACAAUCCCACAGCAUAGAGUUUCUGGUGUCACAGGGUGCUGAUAUCAAUCUUCGAGGUAAUGAUGGUUACACUGCCCUGUUCCUCCUUGUCGGCACUGCUGAGCUUCGUCCAAGUUCUAUCAAAGACACCCCUACACUGAGGAAGAUUCGUGAGCGUUUUAGAGAUUGUGGAGUGGAUAACAAUGCUGCCGCUGCACUUUGCUACAUGGUUCUUAAUGGAGCGUCCAUAGACCUAGAUAAUGUACAAUGUCGAACACCGCUGUCUUGCAUCAGAGAUGCUGAGCUGAAGAAGACUUUGAAGAAGAUUGCUCGUGAAAAGAUACCUGAUGAUAUGCCAUCACAAGAGGACCUCGGGGAAGAUGAGGAUGUGACGAACGGACGCCUGAGCAGUAAUUCAAUCAGUGUUGACAAUGACGAUAUUAUCGUAAAACAAAACGAUGGUCUGAGCGGCACUGAUAAAGGCUCUCCAAAUCUGAUAAGACAGGACUCGGCUGAGAGAGAAACUUGCAAGCCAGAAAUUGAAGAUGAAAUUGGACAAAUUGAAAUCCUCAAAGCCUUGCUAUCAAUAUUCAAGACAGAAGCUGACAGCUUAUCCGAUAAUGAUUCAGGCGAAGAAAACGAAGAAUCUACACUGAAGAAGGCCGCUGAGAGAGACAAUGUUAAACGCGUAAUGGACAUUCUAUCCACAUCACCAGAAAAGAUUCGCAAGCGUUUUAGAGAUCGUGGAGGUGAUAACAAUGCUGCCGCGGCACUCUGCGACAUGGUUCUGAAUGGAACGCCCAUAGAUCUAGAGAAUUACAUCAGGGAUGCUGAGCUGAAGAAGAUUGCUCGUGAAAAUACACAUGAUGACAUGCCAUCAUUGGAGGACUUCGGGGAUUAUGAGUAUGUGAAGAAGGAACACCUGAGCAGUAACUCCGACAGCGAUGAUGAUGAUGAUGACAUUAUCGUAACGCGAAACGAUGGUCUGAGCGGUACUGAUAAAGGCUCUCCAAGGCGAAUAAGACAGGACUUAGCUGAGAGUGAAAGUGGAGCUGAUUGUCUAACAGGAAACCAAAAGACAUCUGAAAGGCCAGAAAUUGAAGGAACAGACGUGGCAAGUAAGACAAUUAAUUCAAGAGGGGGCACCAUCCAUCUACGGAACCAUGGAAUCAGCCUCUGCAUUCCCGUCUCGGCGCUGCAGAAGGAUUGUAAGAUUACUCUUAAGGUUCUGCCACACCCAUCAAAUAUCCUUUUCACCGAUGACAAAGCUAUUGUCUCCCCUGGUGUAGUGUUUGAACCUUCAGGGACCACGUUUGAAAGGCCAUUAAAGUUGGUCAUCCCUCACUGUGCGGUGUUAACAGACCCCUCCAAGGCCAAAGUCACCAUGCACUUCACUCAUGAAGACACGGAAGUCACAAAGGAAGAACUGUCAUCAACUGGAACACCUAGCUGCGUAGUUCAAAAAGAUGUCCUUGAAGUCUACAUUAACCAUUUCUCAAUUUGUGAAAUGUUCAUGGUCAUUUCUGACUACUUCAUAGGAAAACGUGUCGCUUCUACGCCCUACCUUCCCAUAUCAAUGAGUCGCCUCGAACCGCAAUACUGCCAUCUACGUCUGUAUAAUGAUACUCCUGGUCUUGAAAAUUACAUCGAAACCGAGGAAAAAAAUCUUGAUUAUCGCAAGAUGGCUCCAACAAAGACAAUGUUCGUGAUCUGGAACAGAGGCGAGCUGAACAUCAGAUGCGAGGUCGAGAGAGGUCGUGUCACGGAGAACGAAAGAACCGUAUCGCUAGAUGAUAUUCGUAGAUUGGAUCGAAACGUUGUCAGUUUCUUAGUGGAAGCGACCGGUGAUGCCGAUGUAUAUGUCAAGUUCAAUUUCCAUCCUCAUUGUGACGAAGGACACGCAUUCAAUGCGAAAUUCUCUGAUGGUGAUAUAGCUUGUAACAUACAACGGCGUUCCACCAUAACUCCAUUGGAGCAAAAGGGGGCCACGUCGUCGUCUAAAGCAGCGUCAUCGGCGUCUCAGGAAAGGAAAGAUGAGGCACAAAUCGGAUCAGAAAGGCAACCAGCUAUCGCAACGCGGUUGGACGACAAACUUCUACACGAUAUCGCCGACGAAAUCGAGACUGAUGAACACCUUGACAGAUUAAUGCAAGCUCUAGAAGUCACGCAGGGGUCACAGUCACGGUAUCACGGGCUCAACAGGUUGGAAGGUCGACUUACGACUAGAGGAAGCCGUCAGAUGCUCCUGAAUUGGAGAGCAGAAACAGCGGUCACAGAGCAACAGGGCAGGCUGAAGGACGCCCUCAGCACGGCUAGGCUGUUGGACCUGAGGGACAGAUUCUUCCCUGGCAAGAAAGAAUUAUAAGAGGAGGGCGAAGAAGAAGAAUAAUUAGAAUUUAUAAAAAGGUUGUUGUUAUACCACAUGACUUAAAGGGAUAGUUGAGUUCUGUUUUCAAACCGCAAAUGCAUUCAAAGCGCAUGGUUAUUGCUCUUAUUCUUAUCUAUGACAUUUCUGGUGCCCUUUUAGAACCUAAAAUU